UUGAUUUUAAUUGUAAAAUUAAUGCAUGUUAUGGCUUAUUUUCUGAGUUUGACAGAUGUUGGUGCUCAGACUCUGACAGAAUCUGAAGCCGCAUUUAAAAAGCCUGGAGAAUCACACAGAUUGACCUGUACAACCUCUGGAUUCACAUUCAAUAGCUAUGACAUGAACUGGGUCAGACAGGCUCUUGGAAAAGGACUGGAGUGGGUUGCUUAUAUCAGUAGUGGUGGUGGUACUACCACAUACUACUCUCAGUCAGUUCAAGGCCAGUUCAGCAUUUCCAGAGACGACAGCAGACAGCAGGUGUAUCUGCAGAUGAACAGUCUGAAGACUGAAGAUUCUGCUGUUUAUUAUUGUGCUCGACAUUCACAAAAGCUGACCUUCUUGAUAUUUGCUCUGUUUGUUUCAACUGCUGUUGAAGGUCAGACCAUAACAGAGUCUGAACCAGCAGUUAAAAAACCUGGAGAAUCCCACAGACUCACCUGCACAACAUCUGGGUUUAACUUUGGAAGCUCAGUGUGGAACUGGAUCAGACAGGCUCCUGGUAAAGGACUGGAGUGGAUCGCUUUGGUACACACAGCUAGUACUCCUAUCUAUUACUCCCAGUCAGUCCAGGGUAGAUUCACCAUCUCCAGAGAUGACUCCAGCAGUAAGGUCUAUCUACAGAUGAACAGUCUGAAGACUGAGGACACAGCAGUGUAUUACUGUGCCAGAGACACAGUGUGA